AAGAAGCAAUCAAUAAACAGAAGCAACAAAUUUAGAGAUGAGCGCAAUACCUUCUGAUAUAACGAUUCCACCACCAGAAAUUCGAACAUUAAUCGGUAAAACUGCAAUAUACGUAGACAAGAACGGAAAAGCAUUUGAAAAUAAAAUUAAAACAAAAGAGUCCAAAAACCCCAAAUUUAUCUUUUUGAAUGAAAAGGACCCGUAUCAUGCAUUCUAUCAGUACAACCUGACUGUAAUAAAGAGCACAGGAAAACCCCCAGUGAUAAAUCAGGGGAAUGAACAUAUAAUACAGAAAGAGAUAGCAACAGGAACAGCUAAUGAGAACAAGAAGGAAGAUUUAUCAGAACCAGAGAGUUAUAGGUUUUUGGAAUUCAAAGACCACAAAUUGAUAUAUCCGGAGGAGAAAAUUUCGUCCCUGGACUUGAAUGUUAUUAAGCUAGUAGCCCAAUUUGCAGUGGUUAACGGUUCAAAAAUUAUGAACGAUUUUAAGGAAAAUGCAUUAAAUAACUCUAGGUUAUCAUCACAGUUUCAGUUUUUGAAUGAAAGGCAUUCUAUGAACAAGAUUUUUCAAAAAUAUGUUGAUAUCUACAAUGUUAUAUGGACACAAAAGCGAGAGUUGCUUGAUCAGUAUGGUAAGGACACUAAUAUCGACGACAUUUUGAGCAACUGCUUUUCUCGAGCAGAAUAUCUAGAGAGGGAAAGCACGAAUGUUCAAGAAUACGAAGAAAGAAAGUUAUUGGAAAGGAUGACAUACGGAAGUAUAGAUUGGCAAGAUUUUGACAUUGUUGAGACCAUUGAAUUUACUGACUUAGAUGAGGUAGCGGAGUUGAACGUGCCACUAGUAAAGUCUGAUUUGGAGUACCGUUCAUUGAUACAGAAGGGCAACAGCAACAUUUUUGCCCAGAUUGAAGAAUCUACAAGGAUGCGUGAUCAGUUAGAGGAUUAUGAAGACGAAAAGGUGGAUGAGGGGGAUGAAGAUGAUGCUAAGGCUCAAGAUGAGGGUAGUGUUCCUCAAUAUGAAGACGAGAAAGAAUCCGAGGAGGAGGAAGAGCCUGCGGUGGAAAAGUCAGAACCAAGCGAAGAAGCAAAGCCGACGAAAAGAGUUCCGAAGGGGAUCAAGGUCAGAUCUGCUGGGGAGUCUAGACUGUUGAAAAGAAGGUUCCAGUCGCAGAGUGAGGAGAACAUGAUUGACCCUGUGACAAAGGAAAAACUGUUACGUUGUCCGCUGACGGAUGAACUGAUUCCGGAGAGUAAAUUCCAGGGCCACAUUAGCAAGUUGCUCCGAGACCCAAAAUACGAGGAGGAGAAGGCGAGGUAUGAGUCCAAGUUUAAGUACGGCUCGAAUUUGAGCACUGAACAGGUCUACGAGAACAUCCAGCGGUUAGUGGAAGACAAGAGCAAGAGGCCUAAGCGUGGGUGAGACAAGUAGGAGAGCAGUAGACACUUAGAGAUAUUAUAUUUGAUUAAAAGAAGUAGUUUUCUAUUAUAUAAGACAUAGAAACAGAACUAUUUAAUAUAUAGAUUUUAGAUUUUAGAAUGACAGUUAACCGAGAGAGAAAGGAUAAGCUUAGUUCUUGAGGGAGGAAGCUCUUCUCUUUCUGAUUUCAGCUCUUUCAGCCUUUCUUUCGUGUAAUCUUUGAGCCAACAAUUGAGCGUAUUCAGCAGCAGCUUCUCUUUGAGCUUGAGCGUUCUUGAUUUUUUGUGCCUUGACAGCUCUCUUUCUUUGUAAUCUUUGAG